AUGACUGAAAGCGAGCCGGACGGCGGAGCUUCACUAUUGCCUGAGUAUGCUGAGAUCGAGGAGAAAGAAUCUAAUGAAAUUCUCAGCAGCUUAAAGACCCAAACACGUUCUCGGCAAACGGUGCCUCGUGUGAAGGGUACACCGUCUCCAGCAUUCAUUCCGUUGCCUUUAUCUGCCCGUCCUUCGGCGAGACACUAUUAUGGAAUGUAUACCGACGAGUACGGGUCCUGUCAUUUUGAAGACCGAGAGCCAUCCAACUGUGAACCAUCCAACUUCGGCGCUGGAGCUGCUGUGAAUGUUCAAGAAUAUGGAUUCGACCAUAGCCGUGAGACUGACAAGCAUAACCCGGACCAGAGCAAUUGUUUUGGAAGCACUCCACCAAACAUUCCUCGUGAUACAGAGCAAGAAAAACUAGCGAGAGCAGCCGAGGUCUUGAAGAAAUUUGUCCCUCGGAAGGCCAGUGAUUCGAGCUCCUCGAAAAAUCCGACCAUCGACACCGAACCCAAGUCUGUCCGUGAACAUAUAACAAGAAUCCCUCUCUUGAAGCGUUUAGAGGGUUGGUCUUCUUCAGAGACCGAAGUGGAGAGCUUGAGUCAACGCCCGUGGAAUCGGGAAAGAGCGACUACAGCCGAAAGCAAAUGGUCUGCAGGGAGCAAAAGAUCCGACAAGAGUAGUUCUGGCGAAACGUUGAAGACAGCAACUUCCACAGAUCCAAGUGAGGCUAUGGAUGAGGAUGAACUUUUGUGCAAGGGAAUUGUUUGA